AUGCCCACGAUGGAAAAUUUCAACCAUUCAGUAAAUAGGGCUUUCCUGCCUCUUCUCACUCUCUUCAUAUGGCUCAUGCCUCAACUUGUCUCGGGACAGAUAGCGAUACAGACGCAGUCGGUGCCUGGUAUCAUGCCCACAUUGGCCGGGCCAUCAAAACCGCGGAUCACCCCCUGGGACGAGGAGUGUACCACCAGAGGCCUAAUCAGGCCAUGGAUACUCUACUCUUCUUGCACAAACUCCGUCAUACUGGACCAGUUCUGGUCGAAAACCUGCGUACCCACACAAGAGUAUAGCACGGCAGAAAAUUUGUACACCAAGCAGCUUCUCGAGGGUGUCUGCCCUGGUAUCUCGGCUGUAGUCAACUUUUCUUACCCGUUCCAGACUUCGGCCACCACAACCGCCGAGGGGACUACAACGGCUACUUCGAGGGGCAGCGGUCCUGAUGGUGCUGCGGGGGCGUUGAGAGUUCCAGUGGCCUUUCCGAUUGUAGCUGUCGCUGUUGGCCUGUUUUUACCCUUGAUAUGA